AUGGAGACCUAUGCACACAUGGGUUGUGUUCUGAAAGUGAAUGCGGGUUGUGAGGCAUGUAAGAUUAAGGUGAUGGAAGUUUUGGGUUCCGUUUGUGGGACGGCAAAAGUUACUGGGGAGGUGGAACCAAAUGUGCUUCUUAGGGCAUUAGCGGCAUCGGGGAAGCAUGCAGAGCUGGUGUGGGUGAAGAUCAAAAGUCAGCCACCACAACUACCACUGCCGCCGGCAGGUCAAUACGGAGGAUAUGAUCCAUAUGGUUAUAAUAGAUCAAUAAUAGAUCAACCACCCUAUGGCAUCGGGUGUAGAUCAUCAAUAGAACAACCCUAUGGUCCAUAUGGUUAUAAUAGAUCAUUAAUAGAUCAACUACCCUACCAAUACAACCAAUACAGAAGGGCAAUGCCUGAACGUCAUGCAUAUUGGGGUGGUGGUACUGCAGGUACAAACCAACACUACCAACACUACCCCUUGAGAAGGCCUUCAACACAGAUGCCUCCAUAUCCAUAUCAUGGGCUUUCACCACAGAUGCCUCCAUAUCCAUAUCAUGGUACCUACUAUAAUUAG